AUGGCCCUCCGCACCAGCGUCGCCCGGCUCUUCGGGAAGCCAGCCGGCUCGUCCGCGCAACUCCAGAGGAGGCCGGCGCACUCGGUGGCCGUCAUCGGCGCUCCUUUCUCCAGGGGGCAGAAAAGAAGCGGGGUCGAUCAGGGUCCUGCUGCCAUCAGGAGCGCGGGGCUGGUGGAAAAGCUCUCCGGCAUGGGUUGCCAAGUAUAUGAUUUUGGAGACCUCGGUUUCACUCAAGUGCCCAACGAUGAGGCCUACAACAACAUAAUCAAAUACCCACGCUCUGUAGGGUCAGCUAGCAGAGUUCUGGCUGACACUGUGCAUGAGGCUGUGGCUGCAGGGCAUAGCUGCGUAACCCUUGGAGGUGAUCACAGUUUAGCGCUUGGUUCCAUUAGUGGCCAUGCAAGGCAGUACCCACACUUGGGUGUGAUUUGGGUUGACGCACAUGCCGAUAUUAAUACUCCACUAACAACCAUGUCUGGAAACCUCCAUGGACAACCAGUCUCAUUUCUCUUAAGAGAACUUCAAGAUAAGGUGCCACAGCUUCCUGGAUUUUCUUGGCUGAAGCCCUGUCUUUCACGGUCAGAUAUUGUCUAUAUUGGCCUAAGGGAUGUGGAUCCUGCUGAACACUAUAUUUUGAAGAACUAUGACAUCCAGUAUUUUUCAAUGCGGGAUAUUGAUCGUUUCGGGAUCCAGAAAGUGAUGGAAAGAACACUUGAGCACCUUUUGGGCAGAGGGCAAAGCCCAAUCCAUCUGAGUUUCGAUAUUGAUGCGUUUGACCCAGCAUUGGCUCCAGCAACAGGGACUCCUGUCAAGGGUGGCUUAACAUAUCGUGAAGGCAUGUACAUUUCAGAGGAAGUACAUAAUACAGGCCUACUUUCUGUUAUGGACAUCGUAGAAGUAAAUCCGCUGCUUGGAGCUUCACAUGAGGAAGUGAGCUCAACAGUUAACCUUGCAGUAGAUGUGGUUGCUACAUGCUUCGGUCAGACACGAGAAGGUGCGCACACAGUUUUUGAAGAACUCCCAUCACCCAGUUCUCCAGAUGAAUCUGACAGUGAAGAGCGAGUACGGAUUUAGGACAUCGAUGUGUA